CAGGUGCACCCUCAUGUGGCGCGCGCUCACUACCAAACGCACCACCUGCAAACUUUCAAACUAAACAAACACUGUGUUCUCUGCGGGACACGAAGGUGCGGGUAUGGUCGUCUGGUUCUGAUCCGGGCUCUGCGCUUCUUGUCAGCGAAAAGAAGAAGAAAAAAGUCUGGGGAUGAUCAACGAAACUGUUGCGCGUGGACAUCUGGACACGAAUGGCUCUGAGUUGCUGCUGUCCCUUCAUCUCAGCUCCAAUAAUUCAUCUUUCCCUGCGCUCCGGCUCGAGUCCAGGUCUCUGGCCACCUCAGCGACAAUGUUUGCCGUGGGAGUCCUGGGAAACCUCAUCGCCAUCGUGGUACUGUGCGUCUCCAAGAAGGAGCAAAAGGAAACCACUUUCUACACGCUGGUGUGCGGGAUGGCCAUCACGGACCUGCUUGGGACAUGCUUCACCAGCCCUGUGGUGAUAGCAACUUACGUGGCCAACCGCUGGCCAGGGGGAGCGCUGCUUUGCCACUUCUUCUCCUUCUCUAUGCUGUUCUUCGGCUCCGCCGGCAUGUCCAUCCUCUGCGCCAUGGCCGUGGAAAGAUACCUGGCCAUCAACCACGCUUAUUUCUACUCCCAGCACAUUGACAGGACUAUGGCGCGCUUUGCGCUCCUCGUCACCUACCUGGCCAACAUCGUGCUGUGCAUCAUGCCCAGCUUUGGCUUCGGGCAGCACGUGCGCCACUUCCCCGGUACUUGGUGCUUUCUGGACUGGAGAGCGCUGGACCCGAUGGGCGCAUGCUACUCCUUUCUCUACGGAGGCGUGAUGCUGGUGCUGAUCGCCGUGACGGUGCUGUGUAACCUGGCUGUGUGCAGGUCUCUGGUGGGGAUGAACCAGAGGACUGGGAUCGUGAGGGGUGAGGUGUGUGAUCAGAGCGGCUCGCGGCGCCGCUUCCCGCGGCUGCCAUCGGUCACUUCCGCCGCCGAGAUCCAGAUGUUCUGGCUGCUGAUCUUCAUGACCAUCGUGUUUCUGGUCUGCUCCAUCCCUUUGGUGGUGCGCAUCUUUGUAAACCAGCUCUACGGUCCUGCAGACAUUUCUGCUGGGGUCAGCCCGGAUUACCGGAGCGACAUGCUGGCGAUCCGCUUCGCCUCUUUCAACCCGAUCCUUGACCCUUGGGUGUAUAUUUUAUGCCGGAAGAACCUGCUGUUGAAGGGCUGUGAGAAGCUGAAGAGGGCAGCUGCGUGGGCAAAGGACGGCCGGGACAAGAACGGAGGCUGGGUGGCGGGACAAAACUCCCUUCGGUCCUUACACAGCGACGAGACCAGCUACGCGUCAUUACGCACCGCCGGCUACCGGAACGACGACCUGCAGCUUUCCAUCAACAACAGAUCGUUUGCAGAGUUUGCCAUGAGACAGGCGUGGGAGUACGACACGGCGCAGGCCAACUUCCAUCCGUUCAACGUGGAAUCGACGAUGGGAUGCGAGGAGGAGAACGCAGAGCGUUUCAAAGCCAGCCGGACAGACAAAGCAUCUCCGGAUCCAAGCGCGGCUGCGCACAUCAGGAGAGUGGACAUUGUGGCGUGCUCCUUCAGCACACCGAGCUCCAGCUACUCCACCAAAUGCAUCUAAAGCACUUUUGCUGUCAACACCAGCUUUAGAAAAAAAAAAAAAAAAAAA